UGAAUAUUGUCGAGUAAGUAAUUAUAAAUUCACUCGUCAUUUCUGUCAGUUUAAUUAACAGAAUUACAUGGGGGAGCUGAGAUCUUAUUUGUCCUUCUUUUGCUUCACUUUUUCUUAUUCUGUUUCUAUUUUGGCAUCACGAUUAGUAUAUACUACUAUUUCCUUCCUGCUUGUCGCAAAUGUGAACAGUUUUGAUCCCCUCAUUCAGUUUCCUAUAUUGAAGAACACAACAGGCAAAUCAAUAACCCUUAUUUACGUGAAUGAAUUUGGAGCCAAAGGAGAUGGCAUCACCGAUGACACUAAGAUUUUUCAACACAUUUGGAAAAUCGCCUGUUCUUCACCAUUACGACCAAAAAUCAUAAUCCCACAAGGAUAUUCAUUCUUAGUUCGACCAAUUGAUUUUGUUGGGCCUUGCCGGUCAAAGGUUUCUCUUGUGAUAUCAGGUUCAAUUGUAGCGCCGAAAGAUCCAGAAGUGUGGGAUGGAUUGGAUCCACAUAAAUGGCUUUAUUUCCUUAAAGUGAGACACCUGACUGUACAAGGAGGAGGAACAAUAAACGGGAUGGGCCAUAAGUGGUGGGCUAGGUCAUGCAAGAUUAAUACAACCAAUCCUUGUCGACAUGCUCCAACAGCUAUGAGUUUCCACAGAUGCAGCAAUCUGAAAGUGAGGAACUUAAGGAUGCUUAAUAGUCAACAAAUGCAUAUAUCAAUUUCAGACUGCAUAUAUGUUGAAGUAUCACGUAUCAUAGUGCAAGCACCAGCUAAGAGCCCUAACACUGAUGGAAUCCACAUAAGCUCAUCCACACUUGUUGGUAUCAGGGAUUGCAGUAUUCGCACAGGAGAUGACUGCAUAUCUAUAGUUGGCAAUUCUUCGAUGAUCCUUGUGAAAAACAUCGCUUGUGGCCCAGGCCAUGGUAUAAGCAUUGGAAGCCUGGGAAAGUCAAAUUCAUGGUCUCAGGUGCAAAAUGUCCUUGUUGAUGGAGCAUAUCUUUCCAACACAGCAAAUGGUGUCAGGAUAAAGACUUGGCAGGGAGGUAGAGGGUUUGUGAGAAAGAUUACAUUUGAGAACGUGUGGAUGAAAAAUGUGUCAAAUCCAAUAAUAAUAGAUCAAUAUUAUUGUGAUUCUCCAACGCCCUGCCCAAACCAGACUUUAGCUAUUAGUAUUCAAAGCGUAUCCUUUUUGGGCAUUAGAGGAACUUCAGCAACAAAAAAUGCAAUAACAUUUGCCUGCAGUGAUAGCUGCCCAUGUAGAAGGCUAUACUUGAAAGAUGUUCAAAUUGUUUCAUUUUUGAGGUUAUUUCGCACGACAUCGUUUUGCUGGAAAGCAUAUGGUACAACCUCAGGACUAAACAAUCCCCCUUCUUGCUUUUCCUCUGGUGAAAGCAAUAGGCAACAGCCCACAGAACGUUUAUCCAAUUUGCUCACGGCAUAAAUUAAGAGGCUUAGCUUAGACCAUCCACAUCAUAUGAGAGCUAGCUGCUGGUAAAUUCAAAUGUAUGUAAGUAUUAUAUUUGUUAUCCUAGGCAAAGCGUGUAAUUAAAUAGGUGCUUGCAUAUUAUGUUAAGUGAGCAUGUAAAUAUUUUUAAUACUUGAUGAGAUGAGAUGGUUAUGUUUUAUGAAUAAUCUGUCCUUGAAAGGAUGUUGCAUUUGUGGCCAAAAACCUAUAGCACACUUAAA